AUGUAUAAAUCAAGAGUGCUAGAGCUUAAUGCAAGUGAUAAUCGUGGAAUCAAUGUUGUGCUGACAAAAAUAAAGGAUUUUGCUGUUGUUGCUGUUGGUUCAGGCCAGCGUCAAGGAUAUACCACCCCAACUUACCACAAGGCUUCUUCAAUUUGCCCAUGCCUACCAUACGAGAUAAUCAUUCUAGAUGAGGCUAACUCAAUGACUGAAGAUGCUCAACAUAUAUCAUAUCAGAUCAUUAAAAUUGUGCCGCCACAAACGCCGCGAAAUGGCAUCACGUCACCGGCGAUUGUCACGGCGUUUUACGGUACAACAGUCAAGGAAGAUUCAGGUUAG